UCUUUUUACCGUACUUGUCAACAUGCAGGUCGCCGUAGAAGAUGACCUUCUCUCGUUGACCCAGUCCUUAUUACUCGACGAUGUGCGAGUCACCGUCCUAUUGUCUCGGCUCCAAUUUGAACCCUAUCUUAAUCCGUCGCAAGAUGAAACUUUGGCUAUACUUGGGGGAGUAGAUGAGGAGCUUCGAUCGUUCCUUCGACGCAUAGUUCUGCCACGGACACAUAUAUCGCCUGCAGGUGCAUAUCUUGCAUCGCUUCUGCGAGGAUGCGGCAACACUAUCAAUCUAGUGGAGCGGCAGCUGCGACUUUAUGGCUCCAACUACGGUGCGCGAGGUUAUGUCGCCGGUCGCUGGCCACAGGCCCUGGUGGCAUUGCAGCAAUAUAAGGCACUUCUCCGCAAAGUGCUUCGGCUCUUCAACCCCAACAGGUAAGUAUGACCUCGUGAUGAUCGCCCCCAAACUUCAUCUGACCCAGCCGAAUCAUUCAGUCCUCGCCCGCCAUUCGAGGAACACCCACUCGCAAACCAUAUCGAGGACCAAAACACCAUCAUUCUACAGCUCUUACAAGACCAAGUCGAGUUCGAAGCCUCCCAUUGGCGUGAGGUCUACCAAAGCCAUGAAGAAACUGAAGUACACUCCGAGUACCCACCAUCCACCUAUGUUACUCCUCCCAGCAGUAUCAGAGAUGGAGAUGACCCAGACGAUCCGCCGAUCCCCUUGCCACAGUUCCAGCCACGCCAAACCACCCACGAGCUCACCGCAAAUGCAGCCCAAGAAGCCGGCGAUCGCGAGCGGAGUCGCAUAUACGCUAUUCUCAAGUCUAUUUGGAUCUGUGAGAGUCGAAGCCCGCAAGAGCAUUCCAAAUUUCUGGCCCACGCGAUUCGUUCCAACAGCGUCGAUGGGGUCAGCCUGCUACUCGAUCUGGGAAUUGGAGUGGACCAACCGUCCAACAAGGAUCUGCCUCUAUGCCUAGCUGCUAGACUGGGACACGAUGAAAUUGUGCAAAUGCUCGUUGAGCGUGGUGCCACAAUGGAAAAGCGAAGCGGGUUCGGCAGCACGGCGCUCAUGUC